CGUACGCAGUGUUUUGAGCUGGACUGUUUGCAGUUUUGAUGGAAAUGGCGCUUAUCCCCGUGAAAGCCUGAAGUCUGGAGUUGUGUAGCGUGUUUGUCCAACAGCUGUAUCUCUGGAUGACUUUGAUAAGGAGUUGAUUAUGACCAGGGAGAUAGAAGGUUGGAUUUAUCACCUGGAAAAAACAAACAUUGGAGGCUAAAGUGGCUACCCUCAGCAGACAGACAGUGCACAAUGCAUGAUCUGACGGCUCAGGUCACCAGCAGUCUCCUGCCCUUCCCUGGAGUCACUUUAAAUGCCUUGGGAGAGGAUGAGAUCACACUGGACUCUGUUCUUCAGGGAAAAUUCACUGUUGGGAGAAGUGGGCUCGCCUGGUUGGCAUGUGGGCCCCAUCUGGAGGCUGUCCAUGCAGUGACAGGGGAGCGACUGUCUGCAUACACUUUCAGUGGUGGGGGGGAACAUCCACCCUGCAUCCUCGCUGCUAAAGACUUCAGUUGGUUAAAAAGAUCUGGGUUACUUAUUGGCUUGGAGGAGGCCGAGGGCAGUGUACUGUGCCUGUAUGACUUGGGGUUGUCACGUGUGGUAAAAGCUGUGGUUAUACCUGGCCGAAUUACAGCUAUUGAGCCAUUAGUGAGCUAUGGUGGUGCAAGUACCUCGACGCAGCAUCUCCAUCAGAGUUUGCGCUGGUUUUUUGGCAUCGCUGCAGUUGGAACAGACCUAGGGCAUGUUCUGUUAGUGGAUCUUUGUCUCGAUGAUCUCUCAUGCAGCCAAAGUGAGCUAGAAGCGUCAGACUUGCAGGUUGUGACCAAAUCCCCAGCAGAGAUCCCAAAGCUUAGAGAAGUCAGCAGUAGAGAAGGCAGGCAUCUUUGUCUUCAGCUGAAUGGAGCCACAGGUGUUGGGGCUACAGCUUUACAAUACAUCUCCAGAACUAACCAGUUGGCUGUAGGGUUUUCAGAUGGAUACUUGCAUCUGUGGAACAUGAAGACUCUCAAGAAAGAAUACCAUUCUCAGUUAGAAGGUGGUAAGGUCCCCGUGAAUGCAUUUACCUUCCAGGAGCCUGAAAAUGACCCCAGGAAUUGUUGCUACCUCUGGGCUGUCCAAUCCUCUCAAGACCUUGAAGGGGAUAUAGUCAGCCUCCGUCUGCUGCAACUGGCCUUCAGUGAGAGAAAAUGUUCAGCCUCUGGGAAGAUCCUGUAUGAGGGCCUGGAAUACUGCGAGGAGCGUUACAGUCAGGAGUUGAGUGGGACAGCGUUUCCUCUCAGGGCGCAGGCCACCAACACCCGCUUGCUUAGUUGUCAGACCAUUGAGAAAUUUAGACCCCAUCAUGACAGAGAUGACAGUAUGAAUGAAGUGUCAUCGCCUGAUACCAGUGUGUCUAUCUUUAUGUGGCAAGUCAAGGCCUAUGGACAGGGAACCCCAGCUACAUUUAUUGGCGUGUUUGACAUUAACCGCUGGUAUCAUGCACAGAUGCCAGACUCCUUAAGAGCUGGAGAGUCAUUGCAGAAUUGUCCUUAUUUGGCCGUCUGGUCUCUGGACACUGUAAUGCAGAUGGUGUCGCCAAAUGUGCUGUUGGAUGUGCUAGUGAAUGACCGCAGCCUAAGCAGGGGUUUACCAUAUACCUGCCCGCCACCUGAGCAAUACUUCAAUCCCACGACAUACAACUUCGAUGCUACCUGUUUGCUCAACACUGGAAUUGUACAUCUAACCUGCUCUGGAUAUCAAAAAGAGACUCUGAGCUUCUUAAAGAAAGCUGCUCCUUGUUCUAGUGAAGUCAUCUCUACCAGUUAUUCUCGCUGCCUCGUGUCCGGUCUGCUCUCUAGCCGCCUGGCAGACAGUCAUCAGUCAUCUAGCCUCACUCAGGAGGAGCAGCUAGAUGCCAUUUUAUGCACAGCCGUGGAGACAAGCUCUUUGGGAUUAAUUACUGGCUGUAUUAAGCAAUGGACUGCAGAGGAACAACCAGGGUCUGCACUGAACUUGCGUUACAUUCUGGAUUGGGCCUGGAACAAAGUUGUUCAGACUAAGGAGGAGCUGGAUGGCAUCUGUGCACCAUUAUUUGAUAGUUCAUCAAACUUUACAGACCCUCAGACAAUGCAACUGCUUCAGCACAGCCAAAGAUUACUCACAAACCUCAGCACCAUUUUUAAUUGCUUGCUCAGUGAAGCUCAUGAACUCACUCAGAAAGGACUGGUUGGGCUGAUGAACAAGAACAUGGUGUCUGGCCUCAUUUCAAAGUAUGCUCAAGUUGUGCUCUGGUUCUGUCGCACUGGCCUUCUUCCUGAGGGAUCAGAUGAGGAUGCUCUUCAGAUUUCCAGGCCUUUCUACAGUCAUUCUAUAAUCAGCAGUUAUUACACCAUUCGGAGGGAAGAGCUCAAAAGGCUGGCUAAAGGCAAAUGGUGUGCAGACUGCCUUAUGAUUGAUGGCUUGGUUGAUCAGUGUGGCGAGCGCUUGGUUAAUUUAUGGAAAAGGGAUGAGGAGGGAACAGGACAAUACCCACCACCUACUUUACAUGCUUUGUUGGAUAUUUAUCUCCUUGAUAACAUCGAUGAAGCUACCAAACACGCAAUUGUAAUUUACCUUUUGCUGGAUGUCAUGUAUGCCUUCUCAAACAAAGAGGGAGCAUCUGUAGAGUCUUUCCCAACAGCCUUUGCGAUUCCCAUUGGACUAGUCAAGUUAAUACAAGGACUCUGGCUGCUGGAUCAUCAUGACCACCAGAGUGCCUUUGAACUGCUUUUACACCCUGCUGCAUCCCAGUGUCAGUUUGAGUGGCAGCAUGAGCGAGUUCUGCAGGCUCUGAUGUGUCAGGGCCAGCAUACUGAGGCAUUGAGAUAUUUACAUGUCACCAAACCUGCGAUGGCAUCAACAUCACAAGCAAAACUCUGCCUAUCAGUUCUAUUACACAACAGAUGUCUUAUCGAAGCAUGGUCCUUAGUGCGUCAGCACUCAAAUCGUCUAAAUAUCAGUGAGCUUUUGGGCUUUCUCUAUGAGACAUGUCAGGAGCUAGGUUUGAUCAAGGAGCUGCUAAAACUGCCCUUAGGCCUCUCUGAACAGGAGGGUUUGGAAAAGUUUCUUCAAGGCACUGGUGGCCUUCAGAAUCGAGAGCUGCUGAUGGUGCAUUAUCUUCAGCAAGCCAACUACAUACCUGCCCUGCAGCUCAACCACUCACUAAAAAUGAAUCUGGUGAAUGAGAGAGAUCCAAAACUCAAAGAGCAAUCAAACACAAGGAACUCUAUACUUGAUCAAUAUGGAAAAGUUUUGCCCAGAGUUCAGAGAAAAUUAGCAAUGGAACGAUCCAAACCUUACCAACGCCCACUCACCAUUCACAAGGAAGUCUCACGGCCACAGCCUCUUUCAACUAUUACAAAGCGCUCUGCCAGUGAAAAGGUGAUAUCUAGGGCUGGUUUUAUCAAUAAUGUCCUGACCAAGAUCGAGGAGGUGUGGAUUGGUAAAGGAGAUUCUCCCCAGCCUUUUCCAGCAAAGAGCCCAAAAGCAACAGAAAUAAAAAGCUCUAGCCCAAAAACUUCCUCUGCUCUUCCUGAACCUUUUCUGGGGACACCUAUCACCAUGUCAGCAAAACGAAAGUCAAGGCUGAUGAAACUGGUGGUGCAACCGUCUUGUCAGAUGCCUGAGCCUCUCCUGAGCCCGCCCAGACCUCCCAGCUCCUGGGUUUCACCAAAAAGCGUCAGCAAAGCUCCAGAGCUUUGUCUACUGCAAACCCCACAGGUUGUCAAGAGAGCUCGAGCUCUGGCUGCUUCAGGUCCCAUGUUUGCUGCCUUCACUCCUCAGUCCAUUCUGCGGAGUAGUCUAAGGCCUACCCCUGUGGCCACACCCUCUGCCUCUCCAGGGCGCUCCAUCACACCCCCACCUCGAAAGGAGAACCGCAUCACCUUCAUUGAAGAGGAAGAGUCUCCUGAGAUAGAGAAAAACAUUCGUUGGACCAAUGGGGAGGCAUCUGACAGUGAGAUUCAUCUCCUGACUCGAGGGGCACUGCUUUCAAAAGCCACACACAAGUCCUGGUCUUCACAAGCUGAAGAUGAAGAGGAGGAGGAGGAUGUACAGGAGGAGAAGCUACAGUCAGAUAUGACUAACGUGGGCAGCUCCUUGCCCCAACAGAGUGUGUCCAAUCCUCCCUCUCUCCAGGAAGAAACUGAAGAGACCGAACCAUCAGCACCCCAACUGGUCCUAAGCUUUGAAACAAGCCACACGUCUGUUCGAUCCACUGAUACUACCUUAGAGUUCUAUGACAACGGGACAAGCAUCCCAGCACCUGCAGAGGACGAAGGUGAACCCCAAUCUCAAGUUCAGACUGAAGAUGAAGCUCAGAGUGAGCCACCCUCUCAGAAAGACCAUGAGGGACAUUCAGAAGACCAUGAGGGACUUUUGGAAGAGCAUAAGGUUGAGGUCAAGUUUGAGGACAUUACAGAGUUCAAUUCUGUUCAAGACGUAACAAAUAAGGCUGAAGAUAAUGUUACGGAUGAAAAGAUGAAUGAGGAGGUUCUUAUUGAAGCAAGCACAGAUACUCCUGAGGAAGACAAACCAACUGAUGGUUGUGAUGAGCUGAUCAAAGCGUCAGACUACCAAGCUGAGGAUAUAUGUGAGCAGCGUGACAUCACUGACUCUGCAGAAGGGCCUGAAGCUCUAAAACCGUGUGAGCCAGAACUCAUCGAUGAGCCAGAAGUGGAGCCAUCAGCAGAUUUGACAGAGUUUGUCCAGAGGCAUCUCUUUGGCGAUGAUCCAACUUCACCUCUGACCCGAUCUGGAAUACACUCUGUGUCGUUGUCUCAGGUCUCAAUCAUCAGUGACUCAGUGGAUCAAGAGGUAGAGGAGGAGCACACUGCUCCCAGCACAGCCCCAGUAUUUUCCUCUCAGAAAUCGACCACCUCCAUAACCUCCUCUGAACCCACAGGCACAGACUCCCACUCUGUUUUCAGUGUUAAUGACAGCGAGGAGCUUUCUAGACCUGGUUCUGAAGAUGAAGGUGAAGAUGAGGAGGAGUCUGAUCAUGAGGAGGAGGAGGAGGAGGAAGAUGAGGAAGAGAAGGAGGAGGAGGAGGAAGAAGAGGAUGAGGAAGAUGAGGAAGACUCAGGAAGCGAGGUGGAGAUAAUUGAAGAGAUCCAGGGCAGACCACCUUCAGCUCAGUCAGAGUUUGCAAUACAAGAACACACCCACUUCUUGCCCAAUUUAGCUGAACAGGAAGCUGAAGCCUUUUCCUCUGAGAUUAAGAAUGCUGAAGAAGAUGGUGAAGGAGAGGUUGUCAUGGUGCGCCUGGGUACUGAUGAAGGAGAAAUGGAUCAAGAUGAGGAAGUAGCUCAGGCAGCAUCAUUUUUGGAGCUCCAACCCUCAACCACUCUCUUAGUUCCUCUGGAGCUGGUGGAGGGACAGGAUGCUCUGGUGAAUGCUUCUGAGCAAGUCCCCAAUGAUAUUUUUCAAACGGAUGUGCCAAACGACCACAAAACUGAAAGCCAGAGCAGCUUCUCACUCACACUAGAUUUGGAGGAAGAUGUAGACAAAGAGCCUGAACCAAACCUUGAGAACAACCUUCUGUCUACUGGAGUCUUGCAUACAGAAAUGAAGGGAUCAACCGAAGAAGCAGUGACUAUUUCUGAGCUACAGGUUGUUGAAAAAGUUGAAACAAAAUCACCAGAAACCGAGGUUCUUGUCUCUGGGCAUUCCAACGCUUUCUCUUCAGACACACCAAUAGAAUCAAAGGUACAAGAGCCAAAAGAAGAGGCACUUCCAGAAAACAUACUAGAAAAUGAGCAAACAGAAAAUACUGAAGAGGCUCAAGUCAAAGAAGGUGAAGUUGAGCAAGAAGAGACGGAAAUGCAGCCAAAAGAGCACAAGGUUGAGGUACUAGUGCCAACAGAUGAGCUCUCAGAAGUGUGUAAAGAUGAAGAGAUGUCAGAUGCACAAGUACGAGAUGAAGAGGUCCCAGAGGCACCAGUACGCGAUGAAGAGGUCCCAGAGGCACCAGUACGCGAUGAAGAGGUCCCAGAGGCACCAGUACAAGAUGAAGAGGUCCCAGAGGCACCAGUACAAGAUGAAGAGGUCCCAGAGGCACCAGUACAAGAUGAAGAGGUCCCAGAGGCACCAGUACAAGAUGAAGAGGUCCCAGAGGCACCAGUACAAGAUGAAGAGGUCCCAGAGGCACCAGUACAAGAUGAAGAGAUCUCAGCAGUACUAGCAUCAGAAGAUGAGCUCUCAGAGGUCUGUAAAGAUGAAGAUGGUGAGAUUCCAGAUGCACCAGUACAAGAGGAAUUGGUUGAAGGCAGACUAUCUGAACCUUCAGACGAAGAGCCGCUCAAAGAAGAUCCACUCUCAUCCAACAUAAAGGCUGUGCAGGCUGCAGAGUCAGAGCAGGCCACAACCUCAGUCGAUGCCCCACAGGACAAAAAGGAAGAAACGGAUUCAAGAGAGGAGGAAAAAGAAACACAAAGAAGGGGCAGAUCAAAGAAACAGGAGCCAGUGGUUGCACCUGUGGAGCAAGUUGAUGAUGUUCCAGAGGAACAGCCAGUGUUAGAGACUCCAGGCUCUGGCCGGAAGAAUAAGGCUCCUUAUACCCCAACUCGAAGGACCACCAGAGCCAGCAGGGCGGUCACCUUCAUCUACCCUGUGCCUGAAGAGACCCAUGACGAGGAGGGAAAGCCUGAACAGGAAGUGGACAAGGAACAUGAGCAGGAACCAACAGUUGCAGUUGCCACAUCUCCUGGUCGGUCAACCAGAAGAAGCAAACAAGCUAAAGAAAAUAUAAUUGGCACUCCUCGAAGAAGUACUCGGAGAACUCAACCAGAGCCAAAACCUGAGCCCGAAGCUCCAGUAGAACAAAAGGAGGUUAAGGUGGAAAACGUGAGUGAUAACACUGUGUCCAGCACAACAAGGACUUUGUCUCCAGGCAGAAAACGGGGUUCAGAGAGGAACUCUUCAAGAACCAGUAAACAGAGCCGCAGUGAGGAGGUUGAAGCCAGCCCUGAGUCCGAGGUGAAACAAGAGGUAGCAGACACAAAUGUUGUUGCGAAAUCUUCUGGCCGAGGCAAGACCCCCUCCAAAAGGAAAGCAGCACAGUCUACUACUCCUCGCAGGUCCAGUCGUAGGAACGUGAGCAUGAAUGAAGAUGCCCCGCAGCUUUUAGAAAUACUCGAAGAGGUGGAGGAGCAAGAGCUGAUCAGUACGACUCCUGCAAAACAGAGCUCCAGAAAAAUGAAAGCUGUACCAACACUGCUUACAGCAGUAGAAGAAGAAAAUGAUAAACUCCAGACUCCCAGUCUGGGCCGAACCACUCGACAGUCCAAUCGCAUGACACUGAGUGUUUAUCCACAGGUAAAACUGGUUCCUGUUUCACUUCCUCAGAGUGUGAAAAGAAGAGUAGAGAAAGGCCAAGACCAGCCCAAGCCUGAACCCAAGAGUGAAUCAAAUGCCUUUCGCAAGGCUAAAAAGAAACUGUGGGACAAGCCUGAGGAGGAGGAGCAGCCUCUAUUAGACCCUCAUUUGGAAGUGAACUCGGAGACCGCUGUAGAAGAUGCGCUCUUCAAGAGGCUUCAGGAUGAAGAACAAAAGCAGGAAGUUUCAAAGUCGCAGACGAGAUCAAGUAAGAGACACACCAAAUCUGUGGUGGACCCUGAGCCUCUAUUGGAGAACAGUGUGGUGUUUGACCCUGAUGAUGAGUCUAGUCCAGGCGAGAGCUCUUUCAUCUAUUCCCCAUCACGAAGAAGAACAAGGGCUAUGGCAGCGGAGUCUCCCAGUCCCAGUCGGACUGCACGUGUCACUCGAAGCAGGAGGAAAGUGUCCACUGUCGAUGAUGUUCCACCAGAGGAUGAAAUGGCUGUAGAAAUGGAAGAGGCUAAAGUUUCAAAUACUAGAAAAACUAUCAAAAGAACAACAAAACCUAAAGCAGUGUUGGAGCCAGUCUUGAUGGCAGAAGUGGACCUACUGUCUCCUCUGCCCAGUCCAGCUGAUCCAGGUCCUCGAGCACAGAAAAGGACCAAGGAAGUGGAAGGCCCAACUUCAACCAUGAACCUUCGGCGCAAGCGUAUUAUGAACACAGUUUUAACCAAACCUGUAACCCGGAGGAAAAAGCUAUAGGAGGCUGGGCAUCUUUGAACUGUAAACCUCAGGUAGCCCAGAGAUGAAGCCUGGCCAGGCGUCGUCACCCAUACAUCUGUUGACUGUUUUUUAUUUGCCUCAGUGCUGGAGUCAAAGCAGAAUAUUUAUGUAAAUAUACAUUUCUUUGCUUAUGGAUAAAACAAUGCUAAGGCAUGAACAUAUUUUUGGGACAGCUCACUUUGUGUAAAAGAGGACUAUUUUUGGAGUUUACAUGUCCCAACCCUUUAAACUUUACUUCACUAGAUUAGUGUACAUUAGCCAUUUUGUGCUAGUCAAUAUGCAAAUAUUGGAAUCGGCUUCUUUGGGCGCAAAAUGGCAAAAGGGAAAUGUGAUCUAAGGUUGUACCUUCAAUUAAAACAGAAGAAAACUUACCUCUGAUAAAGAGGUUUUAUAUACAUUCUAAUUUUAUUUGUUUUUAUUUUGAUGACUGCAUUUUUUCUACUAUAGGAAAAAAGCAACCAAUCCAAUGAAAAAACACAUUUCCUACAAAUAAAAUGUAUAUAGUAUUUUGCUAUGUUCCAAAUAAAGUUAAUAAAUAAAUCUUAAAACAA